UCCCGUGUGUUUUUUUUUCGGUCCCGCCCCGAGAUGUAUAAAUACCGCGUCUGACCUCCAGAGAGAGAGAGAGAGAUAGCGGAGCAGUCGAGGAAACUGAAACUGAACCUGAAGGUGAAGGCAGCUGAGCUGAGACACACAAGACAUCACGAUGACCGGUGACCACCGCUUUGUGAUCAGUGCCCGCAUCAUUGGAGCUGUCCGCAGGGACACACCAAAACUCAAGAUGUUCAUGAUAUCUGUGCUGUGGUCUGACCAGGCUGAGGUGAUUAUCUACAGGUCCUUCCAGAAUUUCAAGAAAUUUCAUAGGCAGCUGAAAAAGAGGUUCCCUCAUAUGAACCCUUUCCGGAAAAACGACAGAGUGAUCCCCAAAUUUAGAGGGGAGGCCAGGAGGAGCAGCAUGAAGCAGAAAGGAUCCCAGCGAUCUGUUCAACGCAUGAAGUUCCUGGAGAGUUACUGCGACAAACUGCUGAAGUGUGAGCAGACUGUGACUCGGAGCUCAGAGGUCACUCAGUUCUUCAUACCCCAAGCCCAUGACCUGCAGUCAGACUUCACCAAGAACAGCAUCAUGAUCCUGCUGUCCGAUGAUAUGUCCGAUGGCUCCGGUGGAGGAGGGGGUGACGUGACCCGUCAGCAGGCAGGUCACGUCACCCACCCAUUUGUCACCCAGACUUACCGUUGUGUGGCAGCUUACGAGACAAAGGAUACCAAGAAUCGUCCAUUCAAGGUUGACGUGGAUGAAAAGCUGGACGUCCUGAUCAAAGACCCUGCAGGUUGGUGGCUGGUGGAGAAUGAGGCUAAGCAUUUGGCUUGGUUUCCUGCUCCUUACCUGGUGUUAUGGGAAGGAGAGGAAGAUGAGGAUGCUGGACUCCAGCUCGGAGGUGCCCUGUACUGUGCCGUGAGGAGUUACACGGCUAAGAACAAUGAUGAGGUAUCUGUGCCUAUUGGCUCUGUGGUUGAGGUUCUGAGGAAGUCUGACAACGGCUGGUGGCUCAUCAGAUUCAAUGGCAAGGGAGGUUAUAUCCCCUCCAUGUACCUGCAACCAUACAACAACCCUCGGGCAGGCCUUUUCACCCUGCAAAGAAAGAUUCAUAGCUCCUCUCUAAACCUGGCAGACAGCAGGGAACCUCAGGCAUCCUAUACACCCAGAAUCAACGAAGAAAACAGCCCACAAUUGGAUUCUGCAAGUCAGUCCAGAGGUGUGCCAGGGCGUCUCCACAAGACCAGAUCUCUGGAUGUCCUCUCAGAGACCUGGACGCAAACACCAAUGGUGAACGACAGCUCAGUGCCAGACAGCCGUGCACGCAGCAUGAGCAACACAAGCACCGACCUCAGCUUCUCCAGCCUCUCCUCAAGCACAGGUAGCGGAUCAGACUCUAGUUUAAAAGAAGACGCAUGGCAACAGUCUGGAGUCAGCGCUACAGGGAACGGGCAAAGAGGCCCCGAUCUGGGCAUCUCAGACCGCCGUGGCUCCAAGACAAGUUCAGAGAGCUCCGGAUCUGUCACAUCCAAAGGCAGUGAGACGGCCUCUAACGCUCCCAGGGUACCACCAAGACCCAAAACCGAGGAGAUCCUGACCCGUUGCACCACCUUGACCCGCAAGGCAGCACUGGCCACCAAGAGGAGGCUUCAGAUUCAACCAGAGUCCACCCACAGCCGCUAGAGAAUGACAAAUCAUACUCUCUAUAUUUUAAUAUAUAUUCAUGUGUAAUGUUUAACCUGUUCAGCUCCACAGAUCGUCCCAUAGAUCUCUCAGUCAAAAGAUUAAAGUAUGCUGAAUUCCUUCAGAUGAUAUCUGAAGAAAUGUUUGGUCAAAUGGAACAUGAUUUAAGAUUGAAUAUUUCACUCAGUAGAAGAAUAAUGUAGCUUCAGUGAAGCAUUAAACAGAGAAGGUACAAGAAAGAAAAUGUAGGUUACAUUUUCAUACAGUUGUAAAACGAAAAGUUUUUUAUAUUUCUUAAGCCACUUAAAGGUAAAUUUAAGUGGAUUGCUGGAGCUGAAGAGGUUAAAUAUUUUCACUGAGCUCUAUUUAACAGUGUAUAUGUGUUUAAUUUGUAUAUCUGUUGCCUCUUUAUCACAGUUUUACCACAAUGUUUCAUGACAGAUGAAAAUGUUAUAUUUUUUACCAGACUAUACAGUAUACUGUGUGUAAGUAGUUUCUGUCUCCUACAAAUGAACAUAUGGCCCAGAGCAGGUGAAUGAUACACCACACCGCUAUUGAUUAUUGAAUUAUUGCUUUCUAUUUUUGUUGAAUUGUUGCUUAUUGUAUGGAUAUGUUGUAGCUAAUUUAUGUUUAAUAUGCACUGAGCUAUAACCUGUAAGAGUUUACGUAUAUACAAGUUCAUGUAUAAUUGUCACGUUAACAGGUCAAUAAAAUCCAAU